GCUCGUCUAUAUGCCAUGGUGCUACAGUACUUCUCCUGUUGUAACACUGCCUCAUGUCUCCACACAGGAAGCCAUGCUACCUCCAUAGUCAACUGUCUUCACAUACUGGGCCAGACGCUCGACGCCAGGACGGUGAUGAAGACGGGUCUGGAGACGGUGAAGGCGGCGUUGAGGGCGUUCUUUGACAACGCAGCGGAGGACUUGGAGAGGACUUUAGAGAACCUGAAACAGGGACAGUUCACUCACAGUCACUCCCAGCCCAAAGGAGUCACCCAGAUCAUUAACUACACCAGCGUAGCCCUGCUCCCGGUCCUGUCCUCCCUGUUCCAACACAUCGGGCAGAACCUCUUUGGGGAAGACCUCAUAUUGGAUGACGUCCAGGUGUCGUGUUACAGGAUACUCAACAGCCUGUAUAGUCUUGGUACCAACAACAGCAUCUACGUGGAAAGGCAGCGUCCAGCCCUAGGUGAAUGUCUUGCAGCGUUCUCGGGGGCGUUCCCUGUGGCCUUCCUGGAACCUGAGCUCAACAAGUUCAACAACUACUCCAUCUACAUUACCAAGGGCUCCCGGGACAGAACAGCUCUAGACCUGCCCUCCCAGGUAGAAGAGAUGUGUCCAGCCAUCCCGUCCCUGGAGAAGUCUCUAGAGGAGAUCAUGGAUCUGGCUGAGUCCGGCCUGCACUACACACAGAUGCCUCACGUUAUGGAGGUGGUGCUGCCCAUGCUAUGCAGCUACAUGUCUCACUGGUGGGAGCACGGCCCAGAGAACAACCCUCCAGAGACUGCAGACAGCUGCUGUACUCACCUGACCUCAGACCACAUGAAUAGUCUACUGGGCAACAUCCUGAAGAUCAUCUACAAUAACCUGGGGAUCGACGAGGGGGCCUGGAUGAAACGACUCGCAGUCUUCUCUCAGCCUAUCAUCGGUAAGGCGAAGGGGGGGCUGUUGAAGACCCACUUCCUGCCGCUGAUGGAGAAGUUGAGGAAGAAGGCUGCCACCGUACUGCUGGAUGAGGAACAAAUGAAGGCCGAGGGACGAGGGGAGAUGUCUGAGGCUGAACUACUCAUCCUGGAUGAGUUUACCAUCCUGAUCAGAGACCUCUACGCCUUUUAUCCGCUACUCAUCCGCUUUGUAGACUACAACAGGGCCAAAUGGCUGAAAGAAUCGAACCCUGAUGCUGAGGAGCUCUUCCGCAUGGUAGCAGAGGUCUUCAUAUUCUGGUCCAAGUCUCAUAAUUUUAAACGGGAGGAGCAGAACUUUGUGGUUCAGAAUGAGAUCAACAAUAUGUCCUUCCUCAUCACAGACACCAAGUCAAAGAUGUCCAAGGGAGCCGUGUCCGACCAGGAGAGGAAGAAGAUGAAGAGGAAGGGUGAUCGCUACUCCAUGCAGACCAGCCUCAUCGUAGCAGCGUUGAAGAGACUACUUCCUGUAGGACUGAAUAUCUGCGCUCCGGGAGACCAGGAACUGAUCGCUCUGGCCAAGAUCCGCUUCAGUCAGAAAGACACGGAGGACGAGGUGCGGGAGAUCAUCAGGAACAACCUGCACCUGCAGGGAAAGCUGGAGGACCCUGCUAUCCGCUGGCAGAUGGCUCUGUAUAAGGACCUUCCUAACAGGAGUGAGGACACGUCAGACCCAGAGAAGACUGUAGAGAGAGUCCUGGACAUCGCUCACGUCCUCUUCUAUCUAGACCAGGUGGAACAUCCACAAAGGAGUAAGAAGGCUGUGUGGCACAAGCUGCUCUCUAAACAGAGGAAGAGGGCUGUAGUGGCCUGUUUCAGAAUGGCUCCGCUGUAUAACCUACCCAGGCACCGGGCGGUCAACCUGUUUCUACAGGGAUAUGAGAAGUCCUGGAUCGAGACUGAGGAGCACUACUUUGAGGAUAAGCUCAUAGAGGACCUGGCUAGACCGGGAGGAGAGGAGCCUCCAGAAGAAGAUGAGGGAGCCAAGAGGAUCGACCCUCUUCAUCAGCUCAUACAGUUAUUCAGUAGGACGGCCCUGACUGAGAAGUGUAAGCUGGAAGAGGACAUUCUCUACAUGGCCUAUGCUGACAUUAUGGCUAAGAGCUGUCAUGAUGAAGAGGAUGAGGAUGGAGAGGAGGUGAAGAGUUUUGAAGAAAAAGAGAUGGAGAAACAGAAGCUGUUAUAUCAGCAGGCCAGGUUACACGACCGUGGUGCUGCGGAGAUGGUGCUGCAGACUAUCAGCGCCAGCAAAGGUGAGAUGGGUCCCAUGGUGGCCUCUACUCUGAAGCUGGGAAUCGCUGUCCUCAAUGGAGGCAACUCUACUGUUCAGCAGAAAAUGCUGGACUACCUGAAAGACAAGAAGGAUGUUGGCUUCUUCCAGAGUGUGGCUGGUCUGAUGCAGUCAUGCAGUGUUCUAGACCUGAAUGCGUUUGAACGCCAGAAUAAAGCAGAGGGCCUGGGCAUGGUGACAGAGGAGGGAUCAGUCAUCACUCAUGAGCGUGGAGAGAAGGUGAUGCAGGAUGAUGAGUUCACCUGUGACCUGUUCCGCUUCCUCCAGCUGCUCUGUGAAGGUCACAACUCAGACUUUCAGAAUUACCUGAGAACACAGACAGGGAACAACACUACGGUCAACAUCAUCAUCUCUACCGUCGACUACCUUCUUAGAGUUCAGGAAUCAAUCAGUGAUUUCUACUGGUACUAUUCGGGGAAGGACGUCAUUGACGAACAAGGACAGCGUCAUUUCUCCAAGGCGAUUAAUGUGGCGAAACAGGUCUUCAACACUCUCACGGAGUACAUACAGGGCCCGUGUACUGGGAACCAGCAGAGUCUAGCUCACAGCCGUCUGUGGGAUGCUGUCGUUGGCUUCCUCCAUGUCUUCGCUCACAUGCAGAUGAAGCUGUCACAGGACUCGAGCCAGAUAGAGUUGUUGAAAGAGUUGAUGGAUCUGCAGAAAGACAUGGUUGUGAUGUUGCUGUCCAUGCUGGAAGGCAGCGUGGUCAACGGAACCAUCGGGAAGCAGAUGGUAGACAUGUUGGUCGAGUCCUCCAACAACGUGGAGAUGAUCCUCAAGUUCUUCGACAUGUUCCUUAAACUCAAAGACCUGACGUCGUCCGACGCCUUCAAGGAGUAUGACCCGGAUGGUAAAGGGGUCAUCUCCAAGAGAGACUUCCACAAAGCCAUGGAGAGCCACAAGCACUAUACCCAGUCUGAGACGGAGUUCCUGCUCUCCUGUGCUGAGCCUGACGAGAACGAGCUGUUGGACUACGAGGAGUUUGUGGAGCGUUUCCACGAGCCGGCCAAAGACAUCGGCUUCAACGUAGCCGUGCUUCUGACCAACCUGUCUGAACACAUGCCUCACGACACGCGCCUACAGACCUUCCUGGAGCUGGCUGAGAGUGUGCUCAACUACUUCCAGCCGUACCUGGGCCGUAUCGAGAUCAUGGGCAGUGCCAAGCGUAUCGAGAGGGUCUACUUCGAGAUCAGCGAGUCCAGUCGGACACAGUGGGAGAAGCCCCAGGUCAAAGAGUCCAAACGCCAGUUCAUCUUCGACGUGGUCAACGAGGGCGGGGAGAAGGAGAAGAUGGAGCUGUUCGUUAACUUCUGCGAGGACACCAUCUUUGAGAUGCAGCUGGCCGCCCAGAUGUCCGACAUCGGGGAACGGUCGGCCGUGAAGGAGGAGAGCGAGAAAGAGAAACCGGAAGAGGAGAGUCCUGAGAUGGGUUUCUUCUCCGUGACCACGGUCCGGACCGCCCUGAUGGCGCUACGCUACAACGUCAUGUUCCUGAUGAAUGUUCUGUCCAUGAAGAGCCUGAAGAAGCAGAUGAAGAGAAUGAAGAAGAUGACAGUGAAGGACAUGGUGAUGACGCUGGUCUCCUUCUAUUGGUCCGUCGUCAUGGGCCUGUUCCACUUCACCUUCAGCGUCUCCAGAGGGUUCUGCAGAAUCAUGUACAACACCUUCCUAGGAGGCAGUCUGGUGGAGGGAGCCAAGACUAUGAAGGUGUCUGACCUGUUGGCCAACAUGCCUGACCCGACCCAGGAUGAGGUUCGAGAGGAGGGGGAGAAGGCGCUCUCAGCUAGACCCUCGGCUGAGGAGGAGCUGGCGGAUCUAGCCCUGCCCGUGGACGGGACGGAAGUCCUCUCAGACAUCUUUGGAUUAGAUCUGAGGAGAGGAGAAGGAGGACAGUAUAAGAUAACUGCUCACAACCCCAACGCCAGUCUGACUGAUCUGCUUAACUCUCCAGUCCCCUCCUCUCCUGUCCGCGCUACCUCACCGUCCCCGGAACUGAGAAGAAGGCACCAGGCUAAGAGCCCUUCAGAGGAAGGGAGGACAGGGACUGAGGAAACCAAGGAGGCCAAGUCAGAGCCGGAGAAAGCAGAGGGACUGGAUGGAGAGAAGCAGGAGGAGGAGGAGGAGAGGAGGAAGGAGGAGGAGAGGAGGAAGGAGGAGAGGAGACAGGAGGAGAAGAAGAGGAAGGAGGAGAAGCCGAAAGCUAAAGUGAGACAGCAGCACACCUCCAAGUCUGAUGAGCAUGACAUGCAGGAGUCUGCCUUCUGGAAGAAAAUCAUCGCCUAUCAGAGGAAGCUGCUGAACUAUUUUGCUCGGAACUUCUACAACAUGAGAAUGCUGGCGUUGUUUGUGGCCUUCGCCAUCAACUUCAUCCUCCUCUUCUACAAGGUGUCCUCCUCCUCAGCGGUGAUGCCUGAAAGCAGAAGGCCCCGGGCAGGCAGCAGUGUGCGGUGGGACCCCGUGACGGAGGGUAGUGACACCCAGGAGCCUCAAAACCCCCAGCAGGAACCUGUGUUUGUCCACUUUGUGCUGGAGGAGAGCACCGGAUACAUGGAGCCCACCCUGCGUAUCCUGGCCAUCCUACACACUGUCAUCUCCUUCUGCUGCAUCAUAGGUUACUACUGCCUUAAGGUCCCGUUGGUGAUCUUCAAGCGUGAGAAGGAGGUGGCGAGGAAGCUGGAGUUCGACGGUCUCUACAUCACAGAGCAGCCAUCGGAGGACGACAUUAAAGGCCAGUGGGACCGACUAGUGAUUAACACCGGAUCGUUUCCCAACAACUACUGGGAUAAGUUUGUGAAGAGGAAGGUGAUGGAUAAGUAUGGAGAGUUCUACGGCCAUGACCGCAUCAGUGAGCUGCUGGGUAUGGACAAGGCUGCUCUGGACUUCAGUGACGCCCACGAGAAGAAGAAACCCAAGAAAGACAGCUCGUUAGCCGCAGUAUUAAACUCUGUUGAUGUCAAGUACCAGAUCUGGAAACUAGGAGUCGUCUUCACAGACAAUUCGUUCCUGUACCUGGCUUGGUAUAUGACCAUGUCCAUCCUGGGUCACUAUAACAACUUCUUCUUUGCUGCUCAUCUCCUGGACAUCGCCAUGGGCUUCAAGACCCUCCGCACCAUCCUAUCUUCUGUCACGCACAACGGAAAACAGCUGGUUCUGACAGUAGGACUACUGGCUGUGGUGGUGUAUCUCUACACCGUGGUGGCGUUCAACUUCUUCAGGAAGUUCUACAAUAGAGGGGAAGAGGGAGAGACACCGGACAUGAAGUGUGAUGACAUGCUCACAUGUUACAUGUUCCACAUGUACGUGGGCGUGCGGGCAGGAGGGGGCAUCGGUGACCAGAUCGAGGAUCCAGCUGGUGAUGAGUAUGAGAUCUACAGGAUCAUCUUUGACAUCACCUUCUUCUUCUUCGUCAUCGUCAUCCUCCUGGCCAUCAUCCAGGGUCUGAUAAUUGAUGCGUUUGGAGAACUGAGAGACCAGCAGGAGCAGGUGAAGGAGGACAUGGAGACCAAAUGCUUCAUCUGCGGAAUAGGAAACGACUACUUUGACACAGUACCUCACGGCUUCGAGACCCACACCCUGCAGGAGCACAACUUGGCCAACUAUCUCUUUUUUGUGAUGUAUCUCAUUAACAAAGAUGAAACGGAGCACACGGGCCAGGAGUCGUAUGUGUGGAAGAUGUACCAGGAGCGUUGCUGGGAAUUCUUCCCUGCCGGAGACUGUUUCCGCAAACAAUACGAAGACCAGCUCAACUGAUCAAUUCCACUGACCUACUGAUCAGCUGAUCUAUUGAUCCAGAGACUUGUCCUUUCUUACUGAUCAAUGUGAAAGGGGGGGCUGCUUCGUCACCUUCCUUCGUCAGCUAGCCCCCUCGCUGUUCAGAAUACUUUCCAGACACUGUACAUAAUAAUAUAAUGACGAUGAUUAUUCAACUGUAUAAUGUCCUUCCUGGGGUACGUUUGGAACACAGGGCUGUGUUUUCACUUUGAGGACUCAAUGCUUCAUCUAUACAUCUGCUUUUAAUAAUAACACAUUGAUGACAAGCAAACUAAAUGAUUGGGGGGGGGGACGCUGAAGAAAA